AUGGUCUGGUGCCUGUGCUUUAUGUCCGAGGACGAGAAAAACGCCAUGGUGAUUGACAAAGAAAUCAGCCGACUGCUUCAAGAGCAGAAGAAACGGGAUCGGUGGGAAUUAAAAUUGCUCCUGUUGGGCACUGGGGAAGGUGGAAAAAGUACCUUUAUCAAGCAGAUGAGGAUUAUCCACGGAGUGGGAUUCACGGAGGACGAACGGAAGGACUUUGCCAAAGUGGUCUAUCAAAACAUCUUCACCUCUAUCCAGGCCAUCAUCAAAGCAAUGGAGAGUCUUCAGAUUCCUUAUGCCCAGGAGGAGAAUGCACAAAAGGCCCGGCUGCUUCUGAACGUGGAUGCCUAUACAGUGGUCUCCAUGGAGCCCCAUCACGCCCGGAUCAUCGGCGGCCUCUGGGAGGAUGCUGGCAUCAGGACCUGUUAUAAGAGGCGAAGCGAAUUCCACCUGCUCGAUUCAACGUCCUACUUCCUAUCGAACCUGGACCGCAUUGCUUCUGAAGGGUACGUGCCAAACGCCCAGGAUAUCUUGAGAACUCGUGUGCCCACGACGGGCAUUAAUGAGUACUGCUUUUCAAUGCAAAAGGUGACAUUAAGGAUCGUUGAUGUUGGUGGGCAGAAAACUGAACGCCGGAAGUGGAUCCACUGUUUCGAAAAUGUGAUUGCCUUGAUCUAUUUGGCAUCUCUGAGCGAGUACGAUCAGUCGCUGGAGGAGAAUAAUAGCGAAAACCGAAUGAGGGAGAGUUUAGAUCUCUUCAGGACAAUUCUGGAGCUGCCGUGGUUCUGGAACACCUCAAUUAUUCUCUUCCUCAAUAAAGUGGACAUCCUGGAGGAGAAAAUUCUCACCUCGGACCUGGAUGCCUAUUUCCCCACUUUCCCAGGUCCCAAGCGAGACGUUCACGCGGCCAAAGGCUUUAUCCUGGAGAUGUACAGUGACAUCUUCCAUCAGUUCCUUGACGGGCCUCUUUCUGGCGGUUCCCUUUCUUCCUUCAGACCCCGGUUCCUUUAUCACCAUUACACCUGUGCCACCGACACGCAGAACAUCUGCACGGUUUUUGCGGAUAUCAAGGACGCCGUCCUAGCAAGCUACUUGGAAGAGUUCAACCUGGUUUGA